UUGUCAGGUAUUGAUAGUAUUUCCACUGUAAUUUCAGGUUCUGACACAUUGUCAGGUAUUGAUAGUAUUUCCACUGUCAUUUCAGGUUCUGACACAGUUGUUCUCGGUUUUGACACAGGCUUUCCAGUUGUUGAAUCAGUUUUGUCAGGUAUUGAUAGUAUUUCCACUGUCAUUUCAGGUUCUGACACAGUUGUUUUCGGUUUUGAUACGGGCUUUCCAGUUGUUGAAUCAGUUUUGUCAGGUGUUGAUAGUAUUUCCACUGUCAUUUCAGGUUCUGACACAUUUUCAGGUGUUGAUAGUAUUUCCACUGUAAUUUCAGGUUCUGACUUGUCAGGUAUUGAUAGUAUUUCCACUGUCAUUUCAGGUUCUGACACAGUUGUUUUCGGUUUUGACACGGGCUUUCCAGUUGUUGAAUCAGUUUUGUCAGGUAUUGACAGUAUUUCCACUGUCAUUUCAGGUUCUGACUCAGUUUUUUCAGGUGUUGAUAGUAUUUCCACUGUAAUUUCAGGUUCUGACUUGUCAGGUAUUGAUAGUAUUUCCACUGUCAUUUCAGGUUCUGAC